GAAUCACCUUUACAACAGCACUCGACUUCCGACACAGGCCCCGCCAGCAUGGACCGAAGCCUCGACGAGAUUCUCGAGGAGCGCCAGGUUCGUCAAGGCCAAAAAUGUCAAUUCAACCCUGUCCUGACAUACAGUAGNAGUACCCGUGGUGGACGCCGCGGAGGACGUGGUCGUUCUGAUCGCGAUGGUGGCCGUGGACCUCGACGAGACUACGCUGAGCGCGAGCGCGACUAUCCCAGAGACGGCGUCAAAAGGUCUGUUCUCCUUCCUUCCUCGUGCUUGCGUCAAUANNGGACGACAUCGAUCACCAUGCGUCGACAAACACCAANCCCUGCGUUCGAUCCGCUGACCGUAAUUUCAAUCAGUCAUUCCCCAGAGAGGACGCCAGAAACAUUGACAAUGACUGGGUCCACGAUAAGUACGAAGGCGAUGACUGUUAGUUCCCUGCACCAUGGCCUAUCCGACUCCAUUCUGAUCCAAACGACAGCNNCCGCCGCCCUGCUAGAGGCUCGCGCAAUGAUCGCUACGACAGAGAGCCCGCAAGAGAUGCCCUACAGCUCCGGCUCCACCACCAUCCGUGUUGAGAACAUUCAUUACGACAUCCAGGAGCCAGACUUGAGAGAGCUGUUCGAGGGUAUCGGACCUGUCGAAUCCCUACGCCUACUUUACGACCGCCACGACCGCUCGCAAGGUGUUGCAUAUGUCGUCUAUCCUAGCUCACAGCUUGCCGAUCGUGCCUGCCGCCAAUUCCACGGUCAAAAUGCCAUGGGCCAACCCAUCUACCUGAAGAUCCAAGAGUCCGCUCGUCCCGCUCGCAACCCCUUUGAUAAUGUCGAAAAGCCUUCCCGCAGUCUAGCCGAUCGCAUCGACAGCCGCCGCAGUGCUAGUCCCAACUCGCGCAACGUCGAUCGCUACGUUCCCCCUGGCGGUAGAGGCCCCCGCUCGCGCAGUCCUCGUCGCGAUGGCCGUGGCGCUCCUCGUGAGACUGGACGCCGUCCCGGUGCUCGUCGCGAAAACACUGAUCGCCGUGGAGGUGGUCGCGAACGUGGUGACAGACGUGGUCCUGGACCCAAGAAAGAGAAUGACGGAAGACCUAUGGUACAGGGACGCCCGAGAAAGACGGCCGAAGAGCUUGACGCUGAAAUGGAUGACUACUGGGGUGGUGGCUCUGCUGCCAAUGAAGGCAGUGCUGUUGCGUCUGGCGAGAACGAGCCUGGCCGCGAGCCUCAGGUUUCUACAAUUGCUGGAGGGGAGAACAACAACAUGGGUACUACAUCCACAGCUCCGGACGACGACAUUGACCUUAUGGUCGAGUAG